AUGGAAAUAGAAACAGGAACAGUAGGAAGUAUUACUAAAAAGCACUUCGCCAAACUUCAUGAAAGAAUUCAAAGCAAAUAUGAAGAAAUGCAAAAAAAGCUAGAAAAGUCAAAAUCCAUCGACAUGUUACUUGAUGCAGACGAAGACUUUUUGCUACAAGAUCGGAAAAAAUGUACUAGUGUCAGUGAUUUAAGAUCUAUUCAUGAACAAGAUAACAGUAUACAUAAAAAUCAAAAUGGUAACUUUAUGGAAACUAUUGUGUAUUUUGAUAAACAAAAAGAUGCAGUUUCGUCGGACAUUGUAUAUAACCAUAUAGAUAUUAUAGAUUCGGAAUGCGUUUCAUUAGCAAGUGAUAUAAAAUGUGAUGAAGAAAUAGACACUCUCGAAGAAAAUGUAUUUUUUAAAAAUAACUAUUUGAAUACAAGUCUUGAAUCGUUAAACGAUGUUACAAAAGAGAGUGAUGAAUUUUCUGAUCCAAUAACACCUCCUCCGAGAAGUAUUCGAGACAAAAUAAAUUCCAAACUAAAACAACGUAAGGAAUCUCGAAAAAGAUUUAAAGAAUACUUUUCAAUAAAUUCGAAUAGAUACCUCGCAAAGACACCAAAAAAGAAUAAAAUAGCUACAGUAACAGUUGUAUUGGUGGAAUUAAAAGGAUUAGAAGAUUCUGAUGAAGACAAACAACGUAUCUUAUCGUUCAGAUUUAAGUUAGGUUCUGAAAAACGUAAGUCCAAACUAAUCCGAAGUUCUCAAGCUCAUACUAAAUUUCAAGAAUUAUUUUCUUUUAAUCUAUAUGAUGAGGACUAUAUUUUAGAAGCUUCUUUAUGGGAUAGAGAUAUUUUUAUUGGAAGUUGCAGAUUAAAUUUAUUAGAUUUAAAAAAAGAAAAGACGUAUCAGAUUCGACAGAAACUAGAAGGCGAAUUUAAAAAUAUUGAAUGUUUUUUAUUGCUUACGAUAAGCGGAACUACUAUGAAUACAGUCUUCGAUAUUACCGAAUGUGAGGAAGAAGAAAGUCGACAUAUGAUGCAGAAGAAAUAUGCUUGGUUCCGCGUUACUGAUCAGUUUUCAAAUGUAGGAGUAUUAACAGUGACUGUUUACGGUGCGAAAGGCUUAUCUGGGCAAGAUUGUUACUGUGUUCUUAAUCUUAACAAUGAAAGAAUACAAACGCAGACAGACUGGAGAACAAAUGAACCAAAUUGGAUGAAAAUUAUCACACUCAAGGUUACAGAUAUAACUUCUAUUCUAGAAGUAGUAAUCUACGAUGAAAAAAAGUCUGAAGAAGUAGGCAGGAUUGCAAUACCAUUACUUAAAAUAAAACCAGGAAAGAAAUGGUUUGCACUUAAAGACAGCACACUUAAAGAGAAAGCUAAAGGCAAUAACGCAAGAAUUUUACUGGAAAUGUAUAUUACUUGGAACUUAAUAAAAGCUGCAGUAAGAGUUAUUAACCCGAAAGAAGUAAAUUAUCUUCAAACAGAAGAAAAGUUGACAAGACACGCUUUUGCGAAAAAUCUAUCGAGGGCAAAAGCUAUUACUAUGUGGAUCAUGGAUGCCUUUAAAAUUCUCAAAUCUUGUUUCGAAUGGGAAUCGAAGAAGUUAAACUUAUUAGCUCUAUUUAUAUGGAUAGUAUUCUGUCUUAUUGCCAAAUUGUGGAUGUUACCGCUUUUAUUAUUAAUACCAUUUUAUUGGUACAGACCAAAAAUAACAAUGGAAAUUGACUCUGCAGAUUCCAAAACUGAAAAGGAAGACAAAAAUGUUUCUUUGCGACAAAAAAUACAAAGCCUUCAGGAAAUGGUACAAUCAAUUCAAAAUGUGAUUGGAGCAUUAGCCAGUACCGGAGAAAGUGUUAAAAACUUAUUUAACUUUACAGUUCCUUUUGUGAGCUAUCUGGCAAUAUUCUUUAUUGUCACCAUAGCUUUUGUUAUGUAUUUAAUACCGUUCAACUACAUUUGUCUGAUAUGGGGGGUGCAUAAAUACAUGCGAAAAUUUAUACGUCCCAACCAUAUACCAAACAAUGAAAUAUUAGAUUUACUCUCUAGGAUUCCUGACGAUGAAACUGUGAUGGAGUGUGAAGAGCUACCAUUAGGAGAUAUAUCAGAAGAUGACGAAUUGACAUUGGCAAAU